AUGGGUUCCAAAAGGAUGCGACUGACCUUUUUUGACAAAUUCUGCUCUUUUGAUGCCAUCCCUGAUCUCGGCUUCAUCGGUAAUGUGCUGUUGACUGGCAAAAGCCUUGCGCAGGCGAUUGCGGAAAUAGUCGUACCCUUGAGGGUAAUCACGGCCAAGAUACAACAAUUCUGGCAAUUGAUUAGUACCUAUGGACCAUGGAUGUGUUUCGGUGCUACUUCGGGUCUGACAGUAGUAGUCAUGUUUCUUGGAAAGAAGAAGGUUCGAAAAAUCUCCCGGUCGACCAGUAGAUUAUUACCGACGCGACCGGCCCUCGGCUUCGUUCCGCAGUUUAUCGGAAAGGUUGGCGCAAACACAAAGCCUACCACACAGUACAUAGAUACAAUAGACCAUUCUCAGCCAAGUUCCUUUUUCAUCCUAUUUCCCACCAUGAUACGCCGACCACUACCACUGCGGUCGGUUCUCUUCGCUCCCGCUUCCCCAUGGACACUCUCGAGCGUGCAGUGCGCCCCACGGCUUGCACGUUGUAGUUCCUCGACGGCAGAGGCAGCGGCUACAGCCAAACUGAGCCCACGAUGGCUAUCGGAUGUGAAGACGCGGAUUGGGAAAUGUAUUCUGUUUGGUCUCCGACCGGAGCAAACGCAAGAAGCAGGUUCGAUAUUGCAGGAAAUCAACGAAGACUGGAGGGAACUGGUUGCUGGCAGCGAAGGCUUUCUCACCGGCAAGCCAUGGAGGGGAUUGUAUCGGCAAGAAGUUGUUUGGGGAGAGAUGGGCUUUGGGGGGAGGAUUCAGGACAGUAUGGGUAUGCUGCUUUCUCCGGGCCAUGUCAACAAUGCCAUUUACAAUCGGUAUGCAGAAUCUGCGCGGGUGAACUGGACUCGCAACUUCGCAGCCAGAGAUGCAGCGCAUCAGACGGAAUGGAAUGAGCUCAUGUUGCCGCGAGGCAUUGGCAUCAUCCUUCGCAGUAUCAAGACGGAUUAUAAAUUUCCCAUGAAAUGGCCGGACCGGAUCACGGUGCUGCAUAAAGUCAGGGAGAAGCCUAGCGUAGAGGCUGACCAUUUCCUUCUCGACGUGGUGAUUCUGUCCGAAGGUCAACGGCGAGCGUCGGCACGAUGCGUCGAGGACAUUGUGAUUUAUGAUUAUGGUAGGGCGCGCAAGUCCCGGAUGCCUCGGUUCAUGCUGGACCGGUUGGAGGAGACGUUUGAGCUCCAGGAGCAGGCCAAGGAGAAGAACGGCAAGAGAGUCCGAGGAUUGCUAGCCAGGGUGGAUGCGCUGGAGAAGAGCAGGUGGGACAGAGAAGAUGCGAAAGAGGAUUUUGGUAGUAUAUAG